AUGUCUAAACGUAAACGUGUUCUCCUUUCUAUGAAAGAUAAAUACGAAAUAAAUAAACGGUUAGAGGAAGGCGAAUCUGCAACCAAGUUAUCCCUUGAAUACCAAGUUGGUAAGUCUACCAUUACAGAUAUAAAAAAAAAACAAAAGACGAACAUAAGUAACGUUAUAUCUCAGCUUGAUUCUUCUAACGGAUCCACGAGUCGUAAAACGAUGAAACUUGCCUCAAACACGAAUUUAGAUGAUGCUGUAUAUAACUGGUUCACUCAAAAAAGAUCCCAGGGAGAAACAAUUUCUGACCCAAUUCUGUGUGAAAAAGCAGUUCAAUUUAACGAAAAAAUUGGAGGAUCGUCAAAUUUUCAAGCAAGCACAGGCUGGUUAAAACAAUUUAAGUCAGCUGCUGAUUCAUCAGCAGCUGAUUAA